UUGGUCAUGCCUAUUCCGUCGUGGCGAUGUCAGACGCAUACGCUUUUUGUUAUCGACGUCUGAAGAAUGCUGCAAUGUGUUAGCCGGCCGGCCCAGUUGACGAGAAUCUCACUUAUUUUAAGCACCUGUCGAUAUUUCACCAACGGUUUUAGCUUUUUGUCAUCCCAGGCUUUCAGCAUGACAGACCCGGCCGUGAAGAGGGUUGUGAGCGACAUCAUCAAAUCCCCAGAGGACAAGCGGGUCUACAGAGGCCUCGAUUUUACUAACGGCCUGAAAGCCGUGCUCAUCAGCGACCCCACUACAGACAAGUCCUCCGCAGCGCUCGAUGUCCACAUAGGUUCCCUCUCUGACCCAUGCAACAUCUCUGGCCUGGCUCACUUCUGUGAGCACAUGCUCUUCCUGGGCACCGAGAAGUACCCCAAGGAGAAUGAGUACAGUCAGUUCCUCAGCGAGCACGCCGGCAGCUCAAACGCCUUCACCAGCGGAGAACACACCAACUACUACUUUGAUGUGUCUCAUGAACACCUGGAGGGGGCGCUAGACAGGUUUGCGCAGUUCUUCCUGUGCCCCCUGUUCGAUGAGAGCUGUAAGGACCGGGAGGUGAACGCCGUGGACUCGGAGCACGAGAAAAACCUGAUGAACGACGCCUGGAGGCUCUUCCAGCUGGAGAAGGCCACAGGGAACCCCAACCACCCAUUCAGCAAGUUCGGAACCGGGAAUAAGCUGACCCUGGAGACGAGACCGUGUAAAGAUGGAAUCGAUGUCCGCCAGGAGCUGCUGAAAUUCCACUCCACCUUCUACUCCUCUAACCUCAUGGGUCUGUGUGUGCUGGGCAGAGAGUCGCUGGAUGACCUCACCUCCAUGGUGGUCAAGCUGUUUGGGGAGGUGGAGAACAAGUCUGUCCCUAUCCCAGAGUUUCAUGAGCAUCCUUUCCAGGAGGAGCACCUUAGGCAAUUUUAUAAAGUUGUCCCCAUAAAGGACAUCAGGAACCUUUAUGUCACCUUUCCCAUCCCCGACUUGCAAAAGUACUUCAAGUCCAACCCUGGCCACUACCUGGGCCACCUGAUCGGCCAUGAGGGUCCCGGGAGCCUGCUGUCUGAGCUCAAGUCUAAAGGUUGGGUGAACACGUUAGUUGGAGGUCAGAAAGAGGGCGCCAAAGGUUUCAUGUUCUUCAUCAUAAACGUGGACCUCACUGAAGAAGGACUCUUGCACGUGGACGACAUCAUCUUCCACAUGUUCCAGUAUGUUCAGAAGCUUCGCACGGAGGGUCCCCAAGAGUGGGUGUUCCAGGAAUGUAAGGAUCUUAACAAUGUUGCCUUUCGAUUCAAGGACAAGGAGCGUCCUCGGGGCUACACGUCUAAAGUGGCCGGCUUGUUGCACUAUUACCCCCUGGAGGAGAUCCUGGCAGCGGAGUACCUGCUGGAGGACUUCAGGCCCGACCUGAUCCAGAUGGUGCUGGAUAAACUAAGACCAGAGAAUGUCAGAGUUGCGGUGGUGUCAAAGUCAUUCGAAGGACAGACCGACAAGACUGAGGAGUGGUAUGGCACUCAGUAUAAGCAGGAGGCCAUCUCUGAAGAGGUCAUUAAGAAAUGGCAGAACGCCGACUUCAACGGCAAGUUCAAGCUCCCCAUGAAGAACGAGUUCAUCCCCAACAACUUUGAGAUCUACCCCCUGGAGAAGGAUGCGCCCUCCAUGCCCACCUUAAUAAAGGACACGGCUAUGAGUAAGGUGUGGUUCAAGCAGGACGAUAAGUUCUUCCUGCCCAAGGCCUGUCUGAACUUUGAGUUCUUCAGCCCGUUUGCAUACGUGGACCCAUUGCAUUGUAACAUGGCCUAUUUGUACCUGGAGCUCCUGAAGGACUCCCUCAACGAGUAUGCAUAUGCAGCCGAACUCGCUGGCUUGGGCUAUGACCUGCAAAACACCAUCUAUGGGAUGUAUCUCUCUGUGAAGGGCUACAACGACAAGCAGCACAUCCUGCUCAAGAAGAUCGUGGAGAAAAUGACCACCUUUGAAAUCGACGAGAAGCGCUUCGACAUCAUUAAGGAAGCGUACAUGAGGUCGCUAAACAACUUCCGCGCAGAGCAGCCUCACCAGCAUGCAAUGUACUACCUCAGGCUUCUGAUGACCGAGGUGGCCUGGACCAAAGAUGAGCUCAAAGAGGCUCUGGAGGAUGUCACGCUGCACCGACUCAAGGCCUUCAUUCCGCAGCUGUUGUCAAGGUUACACAUCGAGACUCUUAUCCAUGGCAACAUCACCAAGCAGUCGGCCUUGGGGAUGAUGCAGAUGCUAGAGGACACACUCAUUGAGCACGCUCACACAAAGCCCCUCCUGCCGAGCCAGCUGAUUCGCUACAGGGAGGUACAGGUGCCGGAUGGGGGGUGGUUUGUGUACCAGCAGAGGAAUGAGGUGCACAAUAACUGUGGCAUAGAGAUCUACUACCAGACAGAAAUGCAGACCACCCAUGACAACAUGCUGCUGGAGCUCUUCUGCCAGAUCAUCCACGAGCCCUGCUUCAACACACUGCGCACUAAAGAGCAGCUGGGCUACAUAGUGUUCAGUGGGCCUCGACGGGCCAAUGGCGUGCAGGGCCUGCGCUUCAUCAUCCAAUCGGAGAAGGCGCCCCACUACCUGGAGAGCCGCGUGGAGGCGUUCCUGCGCGCCAUGGAGACGCUGCUGACGGAGAUGAACGAGGAGGCCUUCAACAAGCACAUCCAGGCCCUGGCCAUCCGCCGCCUGGACAAGCCCAAGAAGCUGGCGGCCGAGUGUGCCAAGUACUGGGGCGAGAUCAUCUCCCAGCAGUACAACUUCGACAGAGAUAACAUUGAGGUGGCCUACCUGAAGACGUUGACCAAGGAGAACAUAAUGCAGUUUUACAGGGAUCUGCUAGAUGUGGAUGCAGCCAAGAGACACAAGGUGUCUGUGCACGUCCUUUCCAGGGAGAUGGACUCCUGCCCAGUGGUUGGCGAGUUCCCCGCUCAGAAUGACGUAAACCUGCCUCCCGCUCCCUCUCUGCCUCAGCCGGUGGUGGUGCAGGACAUGACGGAGUUCAAGAGGAGCCUGCCUCUCUUCCCUCUGGCCAAACCGCACAUCAACUUCAUGGCUGCCAAACUGUGAACACCCACCCCCCCCCUCCCCCAAAGCAGCGUGGGAUUGACUGGGACGCAGGAACCCACCGCCCCCCCCCCCCACCCACGCGUAGUCCCACAUCACCCUUAUGGAACUGGAGCUAGAAGCGCAGUCACUUUGAAUGAGCUUGUGAGUUUGCGUGCCUGUUUGCGUGCAUGUGUGAGUGUGUGUAUCUCUGUGUUGAGUAUAUGCUUGGUCAGUUGAGGCUUCAGAAAGUGGAGAUCCAAGUCCCAGGACUUGCCACUCUGCAGUCCCUCUUACCAUAGUUGAGUGUGAAAUGUAGUGGCCACAAAGCACUUCAGCUCUAUAAAGCGUUUCAGUGACAAUGUGAGUAAAAUGCACUGACAACAUUGUGUAGGAAGUAGAAGAUAAAAAAAAAAAAAAAAGAAGAUGAAAUAUGCAUAUCAUCAUGGCCAGCACCCCUGGCUAGGGACCCUUGUAACACGCCACGUGAGACCUACGUGGUUUCCUUUUCCAUCGGUACAUUUAGAUUGGAUGAAUGUCGUCUGGUGUAGCAUUAGCCCACAACGCAAGGGCAAGGUUUUUUCUGUUCAUAGUCAGCUAGAGACAAGCAAAGGAACCACCCGGAAAACCCAGACUCGAUUUAAAUUGAAGCCACCUCGAUCAGUUCAGCCAUGCCAGGCCUGCACCCAGUGGUAUUGGCAGAAUGGUUUCCAUCUCAUUGAGAUGUCAGCCUUAUGAGCAAGUUUCAUCUUAGUACAGAUUUAUGAAUUAGGACCCUUUUUUUUUUUAUGUAGACAAGUAAAGUGUUGGAGUGCUUUGAAGAGCUGCUUUUAGACCGCUAAGGAGAUCAUAUUAAAUAGUGUCUGGUGUGUCUGUUUUAUUAUUUGUUUCUCUUCGUUUUAUGUUUAAUCAGUGCUUUUUAAAGGGGUGUUGUCCAAGCAUCUACUCAGGGUGACCCCAAUGACUGAUUUUAUUUGCAGAUUACAAAUGGAAAAAAAAAAAAUAAACAUUUUAAAUGCC